CCUCCAGUCAGACCCCGGGAGCUGCAGCAGCCACGAUGAUCUGUCUAUUUAUGUCCAUAUUCGCCUACAUCUUUCAGUCAGUGAAGCCGUUGAGUCAUCGUUCUAUUAAAAGCUCCCGCGGAGCCGAGUGGAAGAAUGAGGCCGAAUAAAAGGUCCCAGCGAGACCAGCAUGAGGCCCAGGAAGUGGUGGUCAAACAGUCCAGGAUCGGAGCGUCUGGUUGGACCGGACUGAACGAACGCACCUUCGUGGCCGUGAAGCCGGACGGCGUUCAGCGGAGGCUGGUGGGAGAAAUCGUGCGUCGCUUUGAGAAGAGAGGCUUCAAACUGGUCGCCCUCAAACUUGUGCAGGCGUCUGAGGAGCUUCUGAAGGAGCAUUACUGCGAGCUGAGCACGAAGCCGUUCUUCAGAGGACUCGUCACCUACAUGAGCUCAGGACCCGUCGUAGCCAUGGUGUGGCAGGGUUUGGACGUCGUCAAGACGGCACGAAAGAUGAUGGGAGAGACCAACCCUGCAGACUCUCUGCCGGGAACCAUCCGAGGAGAUUUCUGUGUGGAAGUGGGAAAGAACGUGAUCCACGGCAGCGACUCGGUGGAGAACGCUCAGAAGGAAAUCUCUCUGUGGUUCCGUCAGAACGAGAUCCAGCGUUGGGAGAAGAGCAGCAACUGCUGGAUCUACAACUAAUGUUUGAGGUGGAGCUCAAAGUAUCUCGUGUUUCUGGCUUUAUUAGUUUUGCUGCCGCUCGAAGAAGAAGAGAAAAGAAAAGAAAAAACAAAAACAGACGACGUUACCAAGAAAAAUUCACUAAGAAAUGUGACGACUCGUUUACAUUUUAUCUUCAACCGGAUUCAUCUCUCAAUGUUUACAUGGACUUAAAACCAUCAGACGGCUUCAUCCAGGUUUAUCCACAAAACAAACGCACACGACUGGACUUGUUGAGUUUCUUGAUGAUGAUUUGGAUUAAAACUCUACAAGUCCAGUUAUUUCUGUUUCCACUUGUGUUUAGGAUAAAAUGAUCAGAUCUGAUGUGUUUACAGAGCAGUAAACACAUCAGAUCUGCUGGAUAUAGAACAGAAGAAGAAGAAGAGUCGUCUCCUCCAUGUUCACGCUGCAGGACACUAAACCUGAACCAUGUAUUUAAAGCAAUAAAAUGCUGCUUUUUAAAUCUGCACUUGAUUUGUGUUAAAAGCUGCAGGAAACUUUAAUAAUUCAGCUGAAAUCCGUCCAAUGUUUAAAUAAAUGUGUUUCCUGCAGCUUUAUGGUUAAAAAGCGACGUUGUAAUUUUUACUUUCCUGUGUAAAAGCUGAUCAUCACGUCACUACUUGAAUGUAAAGUUUUCAUAUUUAUUGUAUUAAUCACGUCCCUGUUUUUAUAAUGACACAUUCACGCUUUUAUCAGCUGCUGUUUUGUCAUAAAUAAAAUCUUCUUUUUCUCUUUUUAAA